AUGCGCGGUGGGAGCUGGAUUGUUGCAGCCCCAGACAGGGCGGCCCGUUACCAAGCACUGCACCGCGCGCAGGGUCUGACAACGACGACAGCAGCAGCAGCAGCAGCAGCAGCGGGCAUUGACAGAGGGAAUACAGGCAGCGAUAUAACAACACAGACACUCCUCAAUACAGUGAGUACGACCGCAGGAAGAACCGCUUCGUGUGGUUUCCUCCUCCUUUUGUUCGUGUUUUUCGUUUCUUUUUUUAUUCCCAUGCAGUGAGGCUUUAAUUUCCCCGUGCACUGACAGUCCUGAGGUAUUCUGGGAGGCCUGCAGAGGGGGCCGCUAGAGGAGAGCAGCUCCGGCGUUGCGGCUUUUUAACCAAAAAGCAAAGCGACCACAUUUAUUGUUCUCCGCUCGGGCUUGAAAUGUCAGCCCCCCCGCCCAUUUAUCCACGCCAGAGCUUGGUGGUCUCUGCCCUGAAUUUGCUGCAGUCAUUGUGGGAGCUCUAACACAGGCCUUACAGAGAAUAGAGACAGGCUCCUGUUAUCGCCGCUAUCGAUACAAUGAUCCAUAUUUAUCAGAAAUCACACCCACUGGAAGGUCCGCGUCUGCUUUUGAGUUUGACGUGUUUGCUCGUGGCUUAAACAUGGUUUAAUAUCUGUGUGUGAGAGGUUGUAAGUUAUAAUCAUGUAAUUGAAGGCUAGCAAAGCCCCAUGGGAGGUUGCUGGUGUAAAGCACGCUGCUGCUGCUGCUGCUGCUGAAGGUGCAUUCACAAUCUUAUCAAUCAUGAGAAAUCACUGCUCACACGGCUUUUAAUCCCCCUGACAUAUAAUGGCAUGUGCUGUAAUUGUCCUCCAUAACUGUCAGCUACAAACACCAAGCCAUGUCUGACCUUAACACCAUCAAUUCACAGUUUAUUGUGUCAAUGUGCAUUUUUUUUUACUGCUGCAGGGGAUGUCAAGGUGUCUCUGGCUUCAUUUUGUGACAUGACACUACUCCUGCAAGCAAAGUGAGCACAGACAAGGCUGAAAGCUGCCAGAUGUGUAAAGCUGCUCACAAACAUCAGGGUAUUUCUGUGUAAUCUAGUGAGGGGGGAUUACGCUCACAACACAUCUGUAGGUUUAAACUGAAACUAAAGAUGCCUCUCAAGCCACAUGUUUGCUGUCGAAAAGUAUGUGUAUUUACAAAAGAGUAGGGGUCACAAGGUCCACAGUUCACCAGACUCCUUUAGUAAUGGAUGUAGAAGUUAUAGAGAUAGAAAACUCAAUGUCUAUUAUUACACCGGAUAUUAUAAGUCUAGUUUUAGUGAAAUAGAUCCAGUAAGAAAGGUCAGUUAGAGUGUUCACAAUUAGUCAUAAAUCAGGACACUAUCACCUUUUUUAGUGAUUUAAUAAAAGUAGAAAAUACAUUUGAGAUGUAGAUUUAAACUGAAACUAAAGAUGCCUCUCAAGCCACAUGUUUGCUGUCGAAAAGUAUGUGUAUUUACAAAAGAGAAGGGGUCACAAGGUCCAUGGUUCACUGGACUCCUUUAGUAAUCAGGAUAUGAAUGUAGAAGUUAUAGGGAUAGAAAAUUCAAUGUCAGAUAUUACACCAGAUAUUACCAGUCUUGUUUUACUGUAAUAUGCCAUAUCAUUGAGAUAGAUCCAAUAAGAAAGGUCAGUUAGAGUGGUCACAAUUAGUCAUAAAUCAGGACAAUAUCACUAUUUUUUAAAGAUUUAAUAAAAGUAGAAAUAUAUUUGAGAUGUCCGUGCUCCGACGUCUCUGAAGAUAAGCUCUAAAUCUGUCUAACGUGAAAGUACUUUGAGGAUUUCUGGGUUUAGAGCCAUGGGUGGGCAAAGUAGCAACAGGUAAAAUAUUUUAAAGCUGCAUGAACCAUCGCAGGAAAUGCCUUAAAUUUUUGAGUGUGAUGAUUUUACUCUAUUAGAUUUAUCUCAGAGUAGAAGAACAAUAUAAGCUCUGUGAGAAUUUAAUGAAUUUAUUAUGAUUGAAUUUAACAUUCAGUGCCCACCACCACUGAAAUAUUUGGAUCCAUGGCACCACUGCAGCUCCAGCCACUUAAGUUUUAAAACCUCUCACAGGUAUUUUUCAGUACUUGGUGACUGAUUAAGAAUAUCUCCCCCAGGUUAAUUUACAAUUACAGUAACAGUUCACCGCAGACGUAUCAGUUAUGCAUCCUUUUUAAGUCCAGGACGUCUGGGAGGUUGGAUAAAGAUUAUGUGAAGGAUCAGCGGACGGGGCAGAGGAGGACAUGGCAGGCAAACCAGGAUAUGUUGAAAGAAGGAAGAAGAGAGGUUACAAUUGAUUACCUGAUAAGGGCAAUCAACGUGGAUCUAUAUUUACACGGCAGCCGGUCUGAGACAAAGGAGGUAAUCGGUUUGAGACGGUAUCAUCGGUUUAGAGGUGUAGGUCAAACUUCUACCAAACUUCAUUGAAAGUCUUUGAAGAAAUUACACCAAAAAAGAUCAGAGUCUAAAGGAUGAAUAGAUAGAAACAAAACAAGCUAGCUAGUCUGAAUUAAAACAUUCAUUAAAACUAGAGAAUGUAGUUUUAAAUUGUAAAAAGCAAUUAUUAGCACAAGGACGAGUACCUGUGUAGAUAAUAGCUAACAUUUAAAUCAGUAUGCCUGGUCACUUUUUGUAAGCUAACUCAUGAUAAUAAAUCCUAGUUUACAAAUUUUUGUUGUUGUCGUUACUUUACAGUUUACGAUUUAGCUUAGCUAUAAAUCAGCACAUAAUCUCAUCACCCUGCAUCCUGCAAAAAGUUUCAAAAAGAAGAAGAUAUUAUGUUGCAUUCCGGUUACUUCAGAAGUCGGAUGUCGGAGCUGGGAAUGAUGUUACACCCGAGUUGACGGCGUUCCAGUUAACAAGUCGGAAAACCAAGAUGGACGCCUUCAGUUAGCUGUUGUUAGUUGUUGUUUACGAUUGUCAGCUGUUGUUAGCCAUUGUUGUUAGCCGUUGUUAGUUGUUGUUCGCGAUACCAGUUGUAAACAACGCACAACACAGUAUUUUACUCUUACAAACACCAUGGCACCGUGUACACAGUUAGAUGUUGGGCAACACAAAUGUACCACUUAUUUAAUUUCACAAAAACAAAACAGAAGUGCUAAUAAAUAACACAUUACGAGAGCUUUCACUGUGACUCUUUACUGUUGCUGAACUGCGCUGCCAUCUUGAAUUAUGAUGUUGUCAUCAAGUUGGGGUUGGCGAGUAUCGUCCAACUUUCCGAGUUGGAAAUCUGAUUUCAGAGGGGUGUUCAAGAUAAUUUUCCGACUUGGAGCUCGGAAAUCCCGAUUUCAACACAACAUGAAAACUCCUCACAAUGGCUUUAAAAGUCCAGGUAAAUAGUUCUUACAAACUGACUCUGAUUUUCUGUCUGUUUUGUUUAUUUUAGGUGUGGGAUGGCAGUGAAUGUGUACGCCACAUCUGUCUCCAUUGACAACCUCAGCCGACAUGACAUGCUGGCGUGGGUCAAUGAUUCUUUGCAUCUCACCUACACCAAGAUUGAACAGCUGUGUUCAGGUAAGGCCGAAGCUUUGGUUUAGUACUUUUCUGUAACAGACAAAACCAAACUUAUCAAACUAAAAAGCUGUUGUGUCUUUGUGUUUUCCAGGAGCUGCUUACUGCCAGUUCAUGGACAUGCUGUUCCCGGGUUGUAUCCUCCUGAAGAAAGUUAAAUUUCAAGCCAAACUGGAGCACGAAUUUAUACACAACUUCAAAGUUCUUCAGGCAGCUUUUAAAAGAAUGAGCGUCGACAAAGUCAGAAUACGUUUGAUCAUACUGGCGUUCAUUACAUUAUUGUGUAUUUCUGUACUUAAAUCAUAUGAAAUCAAACAUUCAUAUCACACAGAGUCACUGAAGUCUUUCAUGUCUCCAUCUACCAGAUUAUCCCCGUAGAAAAGCUGGUAAAAGGGAAAUUCCAGGACAACUUUGAAUUCGUGCAGUGGUUCAAGAAGUUCUUCGACGCCAACUACGACGGGAAGGAGUACGACCCUUUACUAGCCAGACAGGGGCAGGACGUGGCCCCUGCCCCCAACCCAGGUGAUCACUUUAUCCACAGACCAAAGAGAAACACAGGUAAAGCAAACAGUUCUGCCUCUGCUGCACGGUCUUCCUGAGCUUUGGAUGGCUCAAUCGCGCUCCCUGCUAGCGAGUGGUGUGAGCAGCACGAUUCACAGAAUGACCGCUGUCCUCUUAGACCCAUCUCACUGCCCCAGCACUCACAAGCAACAUGGCACUGCGUAGGUACGACUGAGUCAAUUACCACAGUGAAUUCUUGGAUGCAGCAUCAUCUGGGUUUGGAAGGCCACAACGUGCCAACCCACUUGUAAUUUGCUUUCCCAAUUCUGAUUGAUCGAUGCCAGCGAUGCCAGAAGAAUUACUGAAAUGUGUUCGACAGUGUCUGCAUUAAGCAGCUGAUGCAACACUGUCGCAGCUCCAUCUCUCUCUGAAAGCUGGACUGAAAUAUAAGAAUUUGGCCCUAUUUGCACCUGGUGUUACCAUCGGUUUAUUUAUUUACAACAAAUUCAGCAGAAAGGAGGAGGAAACGGAGGUUCUCUGUCUGACAUCUUAAGACGGGGAGCUCCGGAGCCUGGACUGCAAAUGAUCAAUCACCUUAUUAGACUAGCAGAGAUUUAGGAAAGUCAAGUAGGCCCUGCCAGAGGACCUCAGGAAGCAGUCAGGCUCAUAGGGAUUUAGUAGUUCCCAGGUUUAGGCUGGAGUCUGGCCAUUUAAGGCUUUAAAAACAGGCAGUAAAAUCUUAAAAUCAAUUGUAAAACUUACAGGUAGUCAGUAAAGGGCAUUGAGGACUGGUGUUAUGCGUUUGUUUGUGUCGCUCUGUGUUAAAAGCAUGCACUUGGAAUCAGUUGUAGCUUCUGGGUUUUGUGCUUGCUGAUGCUGAAAAUAAGCAUAUUGCAAUAGCUAAGUCUGGUAGAAACAGCAGGGCUGCAUAACUUUGGUUACCUAGAUGCCAAAUGUAGAGGUAUCAUACAUUUUGCCAGAACUGGAGGAAGAGAAGGCCAGGCUUUAAGGGUAGAGGAUUUGUCUCAGGGGAAGCAUGUGAAUUGUGAAUAAAAGGGGACCUCAAAUUGACCCCUGAGGAACCUCAAAAGAGAUCCGUGCACAAGAGGAAGAGGCAUUUCCUACAAAGCAAAUGAAGCACAUAAGAAAAGCACUAAUCAGCUGUCUCUCAUUUAAAGUGUGCUGGCAAUGGAAGGAAAUUAAACAGUAAACACAGUGAGUCCUUUUGGGAUAAGUCAGGAUCUCCUUGGGCACAUGGUAAUACCAGGAGAAAACAGGGUCUUUGUCUUACUUCACUCACAAAAGCCAGACCAGCCUUGCGAUGUCUGUGUGAAAGCUUUUUUGCUUGAAAAUCAUGGCAAGCAAUCUGAUUUGACUUGUAGCGUGUAGAAAGCCUGCUUCAGGACUCUGUCGCUGUAAGCAGUGUGGUUAUUCCUGGGCAAAUUGACUGCACUUAAAUAAAAACUCUGAUAAUGCAUGUUUUGUAGCACCUCUGCUGUAGCACUUAUAGAGUUUUGCAGGGACACCCUUUCUUCUAAAGUCUGACUCAGACACCUGAAAUUUCAGGAAUUUUAAAACUGUUUUCUUUUCUUGAUUUGGGUUUGUUAAAUCUGAUGCUCAUGCCCUGUAAAAAAAAUCAAUUUGAAACCCCUUUACAAACAUGGUCUAUCAAAGGCACUACAUUAUGCUAUUAAACUCAUAUCAGCUCUCUAUAAUGUGCUAUAUCCAUCGCCACAAAUGCUACAAAGCCAACAUUAAUGCAGUUGAUCCCUCGUGGUUGAAAAUAUUGAUAAUGAGGGUCAUCUCUGAUCAUCUCCAGGACCACAGAGGACGUCUCCAACAGUCCCCAAAAACAUGCCAACACCACAGCGGGUCCAACACAACACUCCAGCUAUGAGGAAGAACCCAUCUUUGUCAAGAAACGGGGGCAGUGAUGCUGAGAUCAUGGAGCUAAAUCAACAGGUAGAAACGCAGAGAAAGGGAGACUAUACUCCAAAAUAAAGAGCCGAAUUUGUCCUCUUCCUCACGGUGAGUUUCUCCUUUUUUCUUAGUUGAUGGAGUUGAAGUUGACUGUUGACGGCCUAGAGAAGGAGAGAGACUUCUACUUCAGUAAACUACGGGAUAUUGAGCUCAUCUGCCAGGAACACGAGAGUGAAAACAAUCCCGUCCUCAGCAAGAUCAUCGACAUUCUCUACGCAACAGAGGUAUCUACCCUGACCAGCACUAAGCGAGAUCUAAUAUGUUUUUUUUCACCCAGAGUCAAUAAACAUAGAUUGGAUCACAAGUUGUAGCUAGAUGCACUUAGUGUUUGGGCCUUAAAGGGAUAUUCUGGCGUAAAAUUAAUUCAGGGUCAAACACACCGUAACACCAAGUUAGAGAUGAAUGUUGCUGACCGCUUGUUUCUCUAGUUAUAUCAACUUUAGUCAUAACCGCACAAUAGCAAUACACAGCGGUCUCAGAAGCCAUAAACAAACCUCAACCAAAACGCCACUUUAUAGCCACAAAUAAUGCUCAGAACAGCACCUAACUUCAUCAACAGUACAUAUAGGAUCCUAGCCAUCGUACUAGCCACCAAACAUCUUUUUAACUUUGCCUAAUUUCUUAAGCAAAAGAAACUAAACACAACUCACCUACUCUCUUCCAGCAGCCGCUUUGUUUGUAGUGAGACCUCAGGUCAGUCCAUUACGGACUGCAGCGGGGUGACUCAGCUCAAGGAAGAACAUAGAUCGGAAGUUUGUUUAAAAAUUCUGUUUACAAAAAAAUAAACAUGAACAUUUUUCUCUUGCUUUGCAGGAAGGUUUUGCACCACCAGAGGAUGAAGACCUUGAUGAACAAGCCCACCUGGACCAGGAUGAAUACUGA